AUGUCCUAUUAUUUUCUUUUUGAAUCAGAUGUCACUUUUGACAAUAACAGAGUAUUUAAUGUUUAUCUAUGGUUUGAGAAAAAUGAGAAAAAUGAGAAACAGAAAUUGAUUAAUGUUGAUUUUGAUAGUGAUAAUGAUAAUGAAAUUUUUGAAGAUGCUGAUGAAACUGUUGAGCACAUUUUUACUGAGUAUUACGACAAAUAUAUAAAUGUGGAAAAUACCGAUAGUUUAUUGUUAAACAAGGAAAUAAUAAUGAAAAUAGGUUAUAAAGAACCUGAAGAGAUGGAAAUUUUUAAGCACAUGGAACAUUCUUUUGAUGAAAAUAUAAAAAGAUAUCAUCAAAAUAAUAUAUUCAAAAAUUAA